UGGAAUGCUUUCUCAUUAAGUUUGUCCUAAGUGGUGUACCGUCUUGAAGGCCCAGGUGCGCCUGCCAAGUGAACGGGAAGUAAGGAAGGAAUUCUAAGUAGAAAGCAGAUACAGCCCGAUCGGAACUGCGCGGCGGACGAAGGAGCAAAUGGGAACUAAGGUGGUAGCCGCCGCGGCAGCCGCCGCCUACGAGGAGCUGAAGCUACACAUAACACCAGAGAAAUUUUAUGUGGAAGCUUGCGAUGAUGGAGCAGAUGAUGUACUUACAAUUGACAAAGUGUCCACAGAAAUUACUCUUACAGUUAAAAAAGAUGUUCCACCUUCAGCUAUUACCAGGCAAAUAUGUGGUAUUUUGGGAACAAUCCGUCUAGUAGCAGGCACAUACCUUAUUGUAAUAACAAGAAAAAGAAAAGUAGGUGAAUUUUUCAAUCAUGUAGUCUGGAAAGCAAUUGAUUUUGACAUCCUCUCUUACAAAAAGACAAUGCUACAUUUAACUGAUAUUCAGUUACAGGAUAAUAAAGUCUUCUCAGCAAUGAUUAGUCAUAUAUUGAGUGUGGAUGGAUUUUAUUUUUCUACAACAUAUGACUUGACACACACCUUGCAACGAUUGGCCAAUACCAGUCCAGAGUUUCAAGAAAUGAGUUUGCUAGAGAGGGCAGACCCACGGUUUGUAUGGAAUGGACACCUUCUUAGAGAACUUGCUGCUCAACCUGAGCUCCAUAGGUUUGCAGUUCCAGUUAUGCAUGGUUUUAUUAUUAUGCAUACUAGUUCCAUUAAUGAUAAAUAUUUCGACUGGAUUCUAAUUUCUCGAAGAAGCUGUUUCAGAGCUGGUGUACGCUACUAUGUGAGAGGUAUUGAUUCUGAAGGACAUGCAGCUAACUUCGUAGAAACGGAACAAAUUGUACAUUAUAAUGGAAACAAAGCUUCUUUUGUCCAGACACGAGGAUCAAUUCCCUUUUUCUGGUCACAGAGACCAAAUCUCAAAUAUAAGCCAAAGCCACAGAUCAGCAAAACAGUAAACCAUAUGGAUGGCUUCCAAAGACACUUUGAUUCACAGAUUAUUAGCUAUGGAAAACAAAUGAUUGUUAAUCUGGUUAACCAGAAAGGCUCAGAAAAGCCUCUGGAACAAACUUUUUCAAAAAUGGUAACUGGUUUAGGAAAUGGAAUGAUCAAGUAUAUAGCCUUUGAUUUUCAUAAAGAAUGCAGUCAUAUGAGAUGGGAUAGACUCCAAAUUUUACUGGAUCAACUUGCUGCACCUCAAGAUGAAUAUGGUUAUUUUCUAGUUGAUGCAGAAGGGAAGGUGGAUAUGCAACAAGAAGGAAUAUUCCGCAGCAACUGUAUGGAUUGCCUGGACAGGACAAAUGUGGUUCAGAGCCUUUUAGCACACCGUUCUCUACAAUUACAGCUGCAGAGAUUAGGUGUUUUGCAUGCUACCCAGAGACUUGAAGAACAAGCAGAAUUUGAGAAAAUUUAUAAAAAUGCAUGGGCUGAUAACGCAAAUGCUUGUGCCAAACAAUAUGCUGGAACGGGUGCCUUAAAGACAGACUAUACCAGAACUGGAAAGAGAACACAAUGGGGCCUAUUAAUGGAUGGUUGGAACUCACUAAUUCGUUACUAUAAAAACAACUUUUCUGAUGGAUUUAGACAGGAUGCUAUAGAUCUCUUUCUUGGAAAUUAUUCAGUGGAUGAAGUAGAUUCUCUCAGUCCUUUUCACGUACAGAAAGACUGGAAGUUUUUGGCUUUACCUAUUAUUAUGGUAGUUGCUUUCUCAAUGUGCAUUAUCUGUUUGCUUAUGGCAGGGGACACAUGGACAGAGACACUGGCCUACGUGAUGUUCUGGGGAAGUGCAAGUUUUGGAACUCUUGCUAUCAUCCUUUACAAUGGCAAAGAUUUUGUAGAUGCACCUAGGCUAGUCCAAAAGGAAAAAAUGGACUGAAUUUGUGUAUGUGGAAAGCAGCUUGGUAGAAAUGGCUCCUCAGUUCAUACGUGGAGUCUCUACUGAUCUACUUUCCACACCAACUUGUGAGGGUAGGGAUAGGUUUCAUUUUUAAAGGGUGAAAAGAUGAUUCCACUUGGGUUACUUGGUGGAAGGGACUAACCUUUUUGUUCUACAGUUACAAUGAUUUUUGGAGUAUUGCAUUUGUUAGAGAACUUGCACACACAAGAUGGAAGUGAAAGCCAGUAAUGCUAUGUCCUAACAUUGGGAGAACUGAAUUCCUAAAGAAUCUGUGACUAUUUUGUUCCAGCAGUAUAAUAUAUAAGAAGUCUUAGAUAGCUCCAUUGCAAAGGAGGAUUAUGAUCUGGUAUAUCAAGAGAUGUAUCUGUUGCUAGGUUAAACUAUGUAUCAUUUACCUUCUCUGAUACAUAGAAAAGCUUUGCUUAUUAACCAUAAAAUAAUUGCUGCUUUACUCAGUUUGUAAUAUUGCAAAUACAAGGUUUUUUUUUUUAUUAAGUCAGUCCAAGAGCAUCAGUUUUCUUAGAUUUCUAUAAAUACUUUUUUCUUUGAUAAAAAAGCCAGCUAUGGAUGAGAAUAAUGCAAUAUUCUGUUAAAACACUGAGAGGAUAGGAUGUACAACUGAUUUUCGUGGGAUAUGUCUUGUGCUGCUUUAAUAACUACUGUCCUUAGCUUUAUAUAACAAAUUUCCAUAUGAUUAAAAAAAAUCUUUUUUAAAAAAAAGAUGUAUCUGAAAUCAAAGAAUGUAAAAAUGGUUAAAUAUUCUCAUGCUAAGGUCCAAAGUAUUCAUUUCUUUCUGAAGAAUCUCAAAUGUUAGGUGGAUUUUUGAAAUUGGCAGUCCAGUUACUAUAUCUGCUAGCUUGGAUUUAAUAAGAA